AAACUGUGUUCAUUGUCACUGAUAGAGGCCGCUGUAGUCGUUUUGUGAACACAACAAAUAUUUUCAGCCACAUCUCUGAAGCUAUCAAAUCAGAUUUACUGUACAGAAGAUAUGCAAGGAUGUCCAUAGCCAACCUUGCAUUAUUAACAAUUGAUAUAAAAAUGCAUUAAUUACAUGUAAACCUCCCACAUUUACAGUCCACUUUAAAAAUAAGAAAUUACAUGCACAAUAAGUUUAUCUGCUCUAUUAAACAAGUAACAGGAUAAAAAUAAGCAUUGAACAUAUUUUUGUUAAAGAUUUUAAAUUUGCACUUAAUAAUUAGUAAGAAAUAUGAAAGGAAAGCGAUUAUGCAUCGUCAUUACGAUAUUUUUGGUGCAUAUUGUAAAUGGUCGCCCUAAAAUACCAUUGAAUGAGGUUGAUGUUGAGAAACCUUUAUCACUUGAUAAACUUGAGCCACCUGAUCAUUUGGAGGCAGUACGAUUUGAACAAGAUGGAAUGCUGAACAAAGAUUUCCAUAAAGAGGCUUUCAUUGGGAAUCAUGAAGAAAUCGAUGAUGACCCUGUUGAUAUUGCAGAUUCAAAACUUAAAGAUAUCUUCAACAAAGUGGAUACAGAUUCAGAUAGGCAUAUGAAUCUAAUUGAAAUAGAAUCCUGGAUCCAGGACAAGAUAAGACAACAUUUUGAUGAAGCCUUAGAAGAAAAUGCACACAUAUUUACACAUAUGGAUCCUGAUGGAGAUGGUUUAGUCGAUUGGAAGGAUUACUAUAAACAUUUCCUACUGGCUAAAAAGUAUGAUGUUGAUAAGAUUGACAGUUUUCUUAAAGAUUAUGGUGAUCAGGCAUUAGAAAUGAAGGAAACUGGUGAGUCUAUAAAGGAAGGGAAGAUAAAGUUGAGAGAAAGUGACAGAGACCAGUUAGUCAGGUACAAGUUUAAGUGGACAGACGUUGAACAAAUGCCAAUGGACAAUAAACUGAACAAAGAAGAGUUUUUAGCAUUCCGUCAUCCAGAGCAGAGUAGACUUGCCAUGAAAAAAAUGAUUGAGUCAAUUUUGAAUUCACUAGAUACUGAUAAUGAUGGUAAGCUUACACUAGCUGAAUUUGUUGCCUUGCCACCUGGUGACGUGGAAGACCAGGAACAAAAGAAACUUGAUGAUCGAUAUCAGGACGAAAGGAAAAAGGAAUUUGUACAUUCUAUAGAUAGUGAUAAAAAUGGCGUUGCUACUCAGAAAGAAUUAGAGGACUAUGUUGAUCCCAGAAAUCCACAGCAGUCUAAGGCAGAAGCUGAAAACCUUUUACAGAUGUUAGAUGAUAAUAAAGAUGGAAAAGUUUCUAUGGAUGAAAUGUUUAAACAUAAAGAUAUCUUCGUAGACAGUAAAUGUGUCAAUGUGAAGAGAAGUCUACAUGACGAAUUUUAAAAUUACAUAUAAAUCUUGCAUAAAGUAGCAUUCUGUGAUAUCAGACGUGGAUUCAGACGGGGACGCACCCAGUCCCGCACCUCAAUAAAAAAGAAAGAAUGAAAAAAAGGGUAGAAUAACAUCCAAUUUUGCGUCAAAAUAGGUCCUCUUAUUCCUAUUUCUCAGGAACACCACCCUAACAUUAAAUCCGGGAAUCCACGUCUGGAUAUGAACUUUUGUUUUUGGAAUUUCUUAUCCCAAAUGUGAAGAACAACUGUUAAUUAGAUUAUGGUUUGAAUGGUCUUUGGUAUUCUUUGGUUUUGAAAUUUAGGGUUGUCUAUCAAUUAUUAAAACAAUUUCUGUUUUAAAAAGUUCAAGAAGUAUAUAUUUCUGUUAUAAAAAUAUUUUAUUGUUUGUAGUGGUCCCCAAAAAGAUUCAGCUUCAAUUGUUAUUCAUGUUUAUACAUUUAUGUAAAUGUGAGGCAUCGGCACUAUGAUUGACUACAUGAUUAUUAAAAAAAGACCCAGCUGUUGGGUGUGCACAAAGGGUUUGACUUGUGCAAACAUCCAGAAUUGCUGACAUACUUUAUAUUUAGUAAAUAUUUUUAGAUUUAAACUUGUUAUUAUGGCUUUGCCUACUGGGGACCUUUCAUUUGUGAACAAUACACACAAAACAAGUUGUGUUUUUUUCUCUCCAAAAAUUAUAAAUAUAUGAGUGCAAUUGUGAUAUUUAUUAUUUUAGUACUCUAUAUAGUUUUAAGGAAUAUUUUUGUACUUUUUACACAAGAAAAAUGCUAUUGAGUGGGAUUUAUUUUAUCUUAUGAGGGUUAAAUUUGUGGUGAUAAUAAUCAUGAGGUCAGCUUAAAUCUAAAUUUUAAUGGUACAUGUACAACUAAGCAUGAUAAUUUAUUUUUUUAAAUUUCUAUGUCUUGUGGAAUGAGCUUUAACCCAAGAUAUUAUUCAAAAAUUUUACAAUUACCUCCUUAAAUACAUGUACAUUCCAAGUGCCAACCAUUGGUUAACCUGUAUUUAUUUAAUUUCUCCCCCUUUUCUCCGUUUUCUUUCAUCAUUGACUAACCCUGUCAAACCUUUUUCAUGACCUUUUUUUGUCUUGGGAAGUGUGAACUCCAUUGCUCUUAUAAAAAUCAGUUUCUAAUUUGGUAUGAUCACUUUCAAAGUAAAAUUAAUUAUUUUUCAGAUGGAAUCGUUUUACAAUGCUUAAAGUAAUACAUUGUGUAAUAUGAAAUAUCAUAGAGUUUGGUUAAAAGUUUCUUAGAUGUUUUGUUCAAAAGGUGAAUCAAUGGUCACUGUGAUUUGAUUUAUAUAUUUAUACAUCUAAACUGUGUGUUUAUUUAUGUGUGUGUGUGUGUAUGAGAGGAGAUAAAAUAGUUUUUUGCAAGGGUCAUUGUUAUAGUUGCAUUGCUUGUUUUAGAGCAAUUAUUAUUGUUUAAUAAAAUCAAUUAAACUUUUGAAUCAAAAUAAAAAGUUUUCUUUUUUUGAAAUCAUUCUAUGCUCAUUUCUAGGAUUUACUUUCUGUAGGAAUGUUCAGAACUUAAAGUGAAGAUAAGGCAUAAAUGUAUAAAUACUUUGGCAGCUGUGUUAUUAAAAAGAGGCAUAAAAGAAGAAACAAAAACCAUCUGAGAAUUAUAGCAUAAUUCUUUCUUUUUACUAAAUGUAUCAGCUGAGUUUAUCAAAAUGUGCUUAAACAUGCCCAAUGAUGAAACAUUGAGCAGAGGUGCAUUAAGGGGUGGUGCCCCCCCCCCCCCUCUUUACACAGCUACAUAUAUUGUUUAUGCAUAGACUUUUUACAAGUUCCACUCCUAACAAUACCUUGGUGGGCUUCCUUUUUUCAAUAUCUUUAAUCUGCAAAUGUUGACCUGCGGAUUAUACUCUUAAUAACUUGCAGUCCUCCAUACUGUUUCUGCUGCAUUAUUAACAUAUUUUUCUACGUUCAGAAGAAAAAAAUAUGCAAAAUAUAUCUAUACAACUUAUAGGUUAUACUAAAAUCUAGUUUUUCAGUAUUCUUUUUAAGUUGUUUAAUGUGCAGUUAAUCAUGUCAAUUAAAUCCAGGGUGUAGAACAAGUUAUUAAUGUAAUUUAUAUAGAUAUAAUUAUGUUCAUGUGAAAUAAUAAUCAAAAGAUUCUCAGAUUCUCAUCCAUUUUGCCUUACAGUUCUAUAGCUCAUGUUUAGUCCACAAAUAAUUUAUUUCUAUAACAGAAACAAUUAUAAUAGAAUAAAUAAUUUGCUUUUCUGUUCCACUUUAUUUUAAAUAUUAGAUGAGAAUCUUAAGAACUUUUGGUUUGUUAUAUCCUGACAAAUAUUUUUAUUUAAACAUCAUGUGUUAUAUUUAUAUAUGCUUUUCGUAGAAAUGAAGGACAAGUUUUUCUCGAGUGCCAAUCUGUCUAAGAACCCGGCAGUGGUGAAAACAUGACAAACAGAAACCCAUUCAUAUUUAGAUUACAGCUUUUCUAUAAAAGCAUGCAAAGCAAACCUUUGAUCAACUUGCUUGCUAUGUUUGUUUGGAUGUUUGUAAACAACAGGUAGGUAGUCUAUUUCAGUCUGUUUACUAUAUACUGGAAUUGGACAACAAACAUUAACUUCAUUUAAAUGUUAAGUUUCACAUUGUAUGUCAAUUUUUAUUGUCCAAUCAAAUACUAGAAUAUAUUAAACAGACUGAAACUCUGCCUACCCUUUUGUUUACAAACAUCCAAGCAAACAUAGCAAGCAAGUCGAUCAAAGGUUUGCUCUGCAUGCUUUUAUAGAAAAGCUGUAAUUUAUGUUCAAAAUGUAUAAUGGAAUAUAUCAUUCGUUUCCUUUUCCUGUUCUGGUAUUUCAAGAUAUAAUUAGGUUGAAAUGCACUGAAAAUUAACAAUUAAGGAGAGCUAACUCUGUAAUUUGAUAUCAUUCUAACCAAAACUUAUUUAGAUAUUUCUCGACUUACCAGACAUGCAGAAAUGAAAGAACUCCCAUUUCUAUCUCAGGAUGAGGGUAACUUCGAAAUAGGAUGGUUAGGUUGGUGGGUUUUUUUUGCCAUGUUUUGAAAUUCUUCUAAAUUGCCUGAUUCUUAAAAAGACUAGCACUUAAUUAUUGCAUGUACAUGUGCAUUUGUAUAUUAGACAACAAAUAUAUUUCUCGACUGUUGCACUGUGACAUAAGAGAUAAAUGUUUUUGAUAAUGUAUUAUAGUGGAUAGCAUCUAUCAAAAUAGGAAUUCUCAAAAUGUUUGUUUAGUGUUGUAUUUUUUAUGUUAUUGAAAUACAAAACAUAGUCCCAUUUGUUUUUAAAUGUAUUCAUUGAUAAUGCAAUCAUUACUCAAGAAUUUUAGUACUUUCAAUAUGAACGUACUCAAGAACUUUUGGCUUCUAAAAUGCCAUAGAAAUUAUGUUGCUGAUUUACAUUGAACUUUGCAAUUACUUUUUGUAAAUAGUAAUCUGAAAAAAAAUGUUCAAGCUGAAAAGUUUGGCAUCGAAUUACUUUGCAGCUUUUAAAAACACCACUUCAGGUUUAUAAAUAUUUAGCCCUAGGGCUUCAUCAUACAUGAAGAUGUGUUUCAAUUUAUUUUUCUGUGUGUUACAUGUGUAUGAAAAUUUAACAACAUAAUUCUUAUGCCUAGUUUUGGAACUUGCAUCUUAUAUUAUGAUUGUGAAUAGUUGGGAGGUUAACUUAUAAAGGUGUUUAAAACAGUGUAAAUAACAAAAAUAUACAAUGUAUAUUGAUUAAAAAGUGAACCUUGUAAAUAGAUGGCAGCUUUCAUACAGUACUGUCACUACUGUGGGAUACCUGAGGUAUAUUUUACUUAUCUUUUUAUAGAAUUAUUUCAUUCUAUGACAUUUUUGUGGGUUUUUUGUCUUGUUUUGAUGGAGUCAAAAAGCGAGACAUAGGUAUGCAGUUUCCAGCGUUGUCAACAAUGUAUUAGUUUGUGGUAAGUUCUAGUUUAUGGUGAACCACUAGUGGUAGGUCAAUGAUAUUUGGUAUGCAGUUGUAUAAGCCUUGGCACAUCUCAUUUCCAAGGAGAUUAUUUGGCCCUGCCCCCUCAGUCAUGGUCUAUGUACUUUUAAACUAUUGCUUAGUUUACAUGUUCUAGCUUGUGAUUAGGUCAGUUUAUGGGGAACCACUAGUUGUAGGUCAAUGAUAUUUGGUAUGAUGUUGUAGAAGCAUUGGCAUAUCUCAUUUCCAUGGAGAAUAUUUGGUCCUAACCCCAGUUUUCAUUCAACAUUUGCAUUAUCAAAAUAACAAAAAGGUGAGACAUAUAUCUGAGUUAACAGUUUAUGUUAAAAAAAAAAGCAUGUAGAAUUUGCUAAUUUGAUCAAACUGAGGUAUAAAAUACUGGUAUGUUUUAUUCCUAUUAUCUUAUCCUUCUAGUUUCCAACUUUGAUGCAAGUUUUUAAUUUUAUAAUACAAUAUUGAAUUUCUUGUUGUUCUUUCAAAUAGAUUUGAAUAUUUUGUUACUCCAUAUUUUUGUUACAAUAAAAUUCUUUACUAUUA